AUGAGGAUACCUAAUCUCCUCACCAACAUCCUCGCUUUCAUGACAGGCCAAUGGGACCAGAUCAGCACCGUUUCGAUUUCGGACCAGGAGCCCAGCUGGCAUAGCUAUGUCCGCGCCAGCAAAUCUCAGACAAUCACACCAACCCGCAUCCUGCCCGACCUCACCCGCGGCUCCGUGAGUAACCCCUCUGGCCUGAUCAACGGCGACGGCGGGCCGGCGAUUCUCAAGCGGCCCUCGGACACGGAUGAAGUCCCCUCGGUGACGGUGGACUUUGGGCAGAACACCGUCGGGAUCCUGUCCAUCUCUUUCAACGGCUCCUCGACGGGCGGGGGGAAUGAGGGAGACGGGGAGCCUAGGCCGGGAAUCCGCCUCGCCUUCUCGGAAACCUUACAGUUCCUCAGCAACGUGAGCGACUUCUCAAGAUCCUACAACGGCGACACAAUCACCCCCGGAAGCGAACAGAUUGCCGUCAAAAAGGACCCUUACGUCUGGACCGCCAAACACGGCUGCCAGUUCCCCGACGGCCAGGGAAAGGGCCAGGUCUGCGUCGACGGCCUCCACGGCUUCCGCUACCUCCGCAUCUACCUCGACGCCCUCCCCUCGGACGCCCCGCACACCGCGCCCCGCGGCGAGGUCCGCAUCUCCUCCCUGAGCCUGCAGCUCUCCGCCUUCCACGGCACCCCGGACACCUUCGGCGGCCGGUUCGAGUGCAGCGACGAGCAGCUCACGCGGUGGUGGUUCGACGGCGUGUACACGAACGACCUGUGCGUCGACGUGUUCCGCGCCGAGGACGCGGAGCCGCGCGGCGCGGCGGGCGGGGGCCUCGAGGGCAAGCUCGUGAUUCACGACGCGCCGAAGCGCGAUCGCGACCCGUACGUGGGCGACCUGGCGGUCGCGGCGCUGACGGGGUACGUCUCGCACGGGGCGCUGGUGAGCGAGGCAAGCAGGAACGUGUUGGAGGACUUGGCGGUGCAUCAGAGGGGUGACGGGUGGAUUCCGCCCGCGAGCAUCAACAAUUACACGCUCCCGCUGUUCGACUAUCCCCUCUGGUGGGUCGUCUGCAGCCACGACUACGUCUGGUACACGGGCAACGUGAGCUACCUGGACUCCUUCUACCCGAACCUGCUGGCCGUGCUGGACAAGUGGUACCCCUCCGUGACGAGCCCGGCCACAGGGCUGGUGACCAAGGGGCUAAACGGGACGAGCGGGUACGGCGACUAUGCCUUCCUCCCGCGCCAGGGGCCCGUCACGUACUACAACGCCCUGUACGUGCUCGCGCUGCGCCGGGCGGCGGAGAUGGCGGCGCAGGCCGGGAAGCCGGACGACCAGAAGAGGUGGGGCGACAGGGCGGACGCGGUCGCGAAGGCGCUGGGCGAGCGGAACUUUGACGCGAGCGUGGGCGCCUUUUUCGACGGGACGAAGGGGGGAGAUAGCGAUUUCGUGGCCGCGCACGCGCAGGACGGCAACAGCAUAGCCGUCCUUGCCUCAGUCGUCUCCGGCGACAAGGCGAAGGGGGUGCUGGACUACUACGGCAAAGCGGCGUCGCGGGCGUACGGCAACGCCUUCUACGACUCGGACGCCGUCUCGGCGGGGUUCGGGCAGCGUGUGUACGCGUUCGUGUCGUACUUUGAGAUGGCGGCGCGGUUCGAGACGGACGGGCUGGCGGAGAGCGCGGUGGAGGAGAUGAGGCGGCUGUACGGGUCCAUGAGCGGCGGGGACCCCGGGGUGACGUUCUGGGAGGGGAUCGGGGGGCCGGACGGGCGGCCGUACGAGGACGGGUACACGAGCAUGGCGCACGGGUGGUCGACGGGGGUGGUGCCGCUGAUGAGCCGGUACGUGCUGGGCGUGAGGCCCACGAGUCCCGGGUUCAAGACGUGGAGCGUGAUGCCGGUCCGGGCCGGGCUGGGGUGGGCGCGGGGCGUGGUGCCGACGCCUUCGGGGGCCGGGAUCGGGGUCGAUUGGAGUGAUGGGGGAGACGGGUUUAAGGUGAGCGUGAAGGCGGAGACGGGGUCGAAGGGGGUUGUUGGUGUGCCUGUUGCGAACGAUGGUGCGACGGUGGAGGUUGACGGGCAGGUUGUGUUUGGUGGCGGGGUUAAGCAGGGGAGGUUUGAGGGUGGGAGGGUUCUGGUUGAUGUUGAGGGGAAGGGGUCGGAUACGCCGGUGGUUGUUUCUGUUCGAGCUGUUUCUGAAGGAUUAUAA